GUGAAGGCAGAGCAAUGUUUUCAUUCCUGCUGACGACCUGCGCUAGUCACUCUGCCAUGGCGCCCGUAAUGUCGCUGAACAAGGAGGGGAUGUCAUAGCACCGUGUUUUAAAUCGCUUUAGUGGAAAAUUAUCUCUUGCAUUUUGCGAAUCCAGCUUUCAAUUUAACACAGUUUAUCUCUAAACCCGCCAUGACCGUGGAGCAGAAUGUCCUCCAGCAGCAUUCUCAGAAGCACCAGCAGACACUUCUAAACCAGUUGAGGGAGGUCACGGGCACCACAGACGUUCAGCUGCUUCAGCAGGCCCUGCAGGUGAGCAAUGGAGACCUGGCCGAGGCUGUGGCGUUUCUGACCGAGAAGAACGCCAAGGUUCCUCAGCAAGAUGAGACGACCUACUACCAGACAUCCCAGGUGGCCAGCGACAGAUAUAUCAGCGUGGGCAGCCAGGCAGAUACAAAUGUAAUAGAUCUGACUGGAGACGAUAAAGAUGAUCUGCAGAGAGCGAUCGCCCUCAGCCUGGAGGAGUCGAACCGGGCGUUCAGGGAGACGGGCAUCACUGACGAGGAGCAGGCCAUCAGCAGGGUUUUGGAGGCCAGCAUAGCGGAGAACAAGGCGAGUCUGAAGCGCACCCACACAGAAGUAUGGAGCGAUUCACCCAACCCACAUGACAGGAAGAGGAUAGACAGCUGCCCUGUGGGGCUGAAAAAUGUUGGCAAUACCUGCUGGUUCAGCGCUGUCAUCCAGUCUCUGUUCAACCUGCUGGAGUUUCAGAGGCUGGUGCUCAACUACUCACCUCCAGCCAGAGUGCACGACCUGCCACGUAACCAGAAGGAGCACAGGAACCUGCCCUUCAUGCAGGAGCUGAGGAACCUCUUCUCCUUCAUGGUGGGCUCCAAGAGGAAAUAUGUGGAUCCAUCCCGAGCUGUGGAAAUCCUCAAAGACGCCUUCAAGGCCAGUGAGUCGCAGCAGCAGGAUGUGAGCGAGUUCACCCACAAGCUGCUGGACUGGCUGGAGGACGCUUUCCAGAUGAAGGCUGAAGAGGACAGGGAGGGUGAGAAGCCAAAGAACCCCAUGGUGGAGCUUUUCUACGGUCGCUUCCUGGCUGUGGGUGUCCUGGAAGGUAAAAAGUUUGAAAACACAGAGAUGUUUGGGCAGUACCCGCUGCAGGUGAACGGCUUCAAGGAUCUCCACGAAUGUCUGGAGGCCGCGAUGAUCGAGGGCGAGAUCGAGUCCCUGCACUCGGCAGAGAACUCGGCCAGGUCAGGACAAGAGCACUGGUUCACAGAACUUCCUCCCGUGUUGACGUUUGAACUGUCCAGAUUUGAGUUCAACCAGGCACUGGGGCGACCUGAGAAGAUCCACAACAAGCUCGAGUUCCCCUCCAUGCUCUACAUGGACAGGUACAUGGACAGAAACCGAGAAAUAACCAGAAUCAAGAGGGAGGAGAUCAGGAGGCUGAAAGAGCACCUGACACUGCUUCAACAGCGACUGGAGAGGUAUCUGAGUUAUGGCUCCGGCCCCAAGAGGUUUCCUCUGGCAGAUGUCCUCCAGUAUGCCAUGGAGUUUGCCUCAAGUAAACCAGUGUGCACCUCCCCUGUGGAAGACAUUGACUCAUCAGCACCACCUGGUGGCACAACAGGGCAACAGCUGCCCCCUCCAAGCACAGCCGAGCAGGACUCCCUGCCUCCAUUAGAGAGCUCAGCAUCGGGUCCCAGCCCAGCUCCCACUGCAGCCCAGCAGCAGCGAGUACCCAUUCAUAAGCCCUUUACCCAGUCCAGGCUACCUCCUGAUCUCCCCAUGCACCCCGCCCCUCGACACAUUACUGAUGAGGAGCUGAGGGUGCUUGAGGGCUGCCUGCACCGCUGGAGGAGUGAAGUGGAAAAUGACACCCGUGAUCUGCAGGGGAGCAUAACCAGAAUCCACAGAACCAUUGAGUUGAUGUACUCGGACAAAUCUAUGAUGCAGGUUCCAUACAGGCUUCAUGCUGUGCUGGUCCAUGAAGGUCAGGCCAAUGCGGGCCACUACUGGGCCUACAUCUACGACCCACAUCAGCGCUGCUGGAUGAAGUACAACGACAUCUCUGUCACCAAGUCGUCCUGGGAGGAGCUGGUCAGGGACUCGUUUGGAGGUUAUCGCAACGCCAGUGCCUACUGUCUCAUGUAUAUCAAUGACAAGAAACCCUUUCUCAUAGAAGAGGAGUUUGAUAAAGAAACAGGACAGAUACUCAGCGGCAUGGACAAACUGCCUCCGGACCUGAAGCAGUACGUGAAGGAGGACAACGAGCUGUUCGACAAGGAGAUCCAGGAGUGGGACGCCCUGCAGGCGCGUAAGGCCCAGCAGGAGAAGCUGGCCCUGGCCACGGCCGCAGCAGCUGCCUUGGCGGCGUCUAGAACCUCCACCUCAUCCUCUUCUCCUCAGCCAAUGAGUAUCGAGUCCAGCCCUCCAGACAAUGCAGCUCCCCAGCAGGACCCGGAGUACAUGGAGCAGCCAUCACCCACAAACGACUCCAAGCACCUGCAGGAGGACACAGAGAGAGCCAUCUCCAGAGCUGCUGCUGAGCAGGAGGAGAGGAGCCCCGAAGCUCUGUUAAAUUCCUCUCUUCCCCCUCCCUCUUCCCCCGACCCCGAGGUCCAGGUGAGCCCCCCCUCCAGCCCUCCUCCUGACUCGGUCUCGGAGGACGAGUCCCUUGGCCAGCGCACCGUUGAGGUGGCCAUACCUAACGUGGGGACGUUUGUCAUUGAGUCAGAGGAGGGGGGGUAUGAUGACGAGGCGAUGAUGACCCCCAACAUGCAGGGUGUAAUUAUGGCUAUUGGCAAAUCCAGCGCUGUGUAUGAAAAGAGUGGGCCUGAGACGGCUUUCUUUAAGGCCAUAAAGCUGGAGUACGCUCGUCUCCUGAGAUUUGCCCAGGAGGACACGCCUCCUGAGAACGACUACAGGCUGCAGCACAUCAUCGUUUACUUCAUCCAGAACCAGGCGCCCAAGAAGAUCCUGGAGAGGACUCUGCUCACACAGUUUGCUGACAGGAACCUGGCCUUCGACGAGAGAUGUAAGAGCAUUAUGAAUGUGGCACGUGCCAAACUGGACCUAAUCAAGCCCGAGGAGGUCAACAUGGAUGAAUACGAGAUGUGGCAUCAGGCGUACAGGAAUUUCCGCGAGACGACCAUCUUCAUGAUGACCGGCUUGGAGCUCUUUCAGAAGACAAAUUACGUGGAGGCUCUGAUGUAUCUCAUUUACUCGUACCAGUACAACAAGGAGCUUCUAUUGAAGGGGCUGUACAGAGGGCACAACGAGGAGCUGCUCGGUCAUUACAGACGAGAGUGUUUGCUGAAACUGAACGAGCAGGCAGCGGCCAUGUUUGAGUCGGGGGAGGAGCCGGAGGUGACGACGGGCCUGGGCAUCAUGAACGAGCUGGUGGUGCCCUGCAUCCCUCUGCUGCUGGUCCACGACGCGGAGAGAGACCUGCUGGCUGUGGAGGACAUGAGGAACCGCUGGUGCUCCUACCUGGGCCAGGAGAUGGAGUCCAACCUCCAGGAGAAGCUGACCGACUUCCUCCCGAAGUUACUGGACUGCUCCACGGAGAUCAAAAGCUUCCACGACCCCCCCAAGCUGCCCACCUACUCCACCCUGGAGCUGUGUGAGCGAUUCGGCCGCAUCAUGGCCGCCGUGUGCAGGGUGCCCAUCGAGGGGAGAUGAGCUCUUGAGGGACAACUCUCUCUGAUCACAGGCCCGACCCGGGGCUCACAUCCAUGGACCUGUUUAACCCAUGCCUUCCUUUAAAUCCAGGGGUCACUCGCUUCUAGCUGUUAUUCCUCUGUUACUCUUUUGCUGCUAUAGGUUUUAUCAUUAUAAAUAUUAUUUCACUUUUAUUUCAAGCAAAACAAAUCGGAGUAUAGACCGAGGAGGAGAGGACGGACUGUUGGAGGGAAAAGAGAAAUGAGAGGAGGAAAGGUGAAAGCCGAGUACAUUCAGCUUCAGCUUUGCAAAAAAAACAAAAAGAGUUUGAGGGUUUUUCCUAGUUUAUUAUCGUUGUUGUUGCUGUUUGAUUCAAGCUUCCCCAAACAAGCUCACAGCCCUUCUGAAGCCCCAACCCCCCCCUCUCUCUGCGUGAAAAGGAUCCCCCCGCUGCUCUGCCUCCAGUUUGGUGCAGUAUUACCAUGUUUUGUUUUAUUUUUCUAAGGAAGGAAAGAAGGAAGGAAGGAAGGAAGGAAGGAGGGAGCCUUCAGAUGUAGAGCGGCUCAGAGAGUGUCACAUGGGUCCCAUGUCUUUGUGGACUGAACGAGAUGUUUUAAGUGCUGUGGUAGACAUCCACAGACUUCCUGUGGCUUGUUAAUAAUUGAGAGAAUAAAAUUUUAUUUAUGGCCCUUUUAGGCCAAAUAAACUGA